AGGCAUCUCUGCUGUAGCUGAGUGAAAAUCCCCAGUCUCUUCGUACCGUCGUCUGGACUUUAUCGACGGGGGCAAUACCUUUACUAUUAUUGGGAUAUCAUAUAGGUAAUAGUUUGGAUAUCGUGAACAGCCUUUGAAACAACCAUGUGGAUUUACAACAUCAUUUUUAUGCUCUUAAUUGUCCACUAUUCUGAGUGCAGGAGGAAUGCAUUGCAGGACUACCAGAGAAGCGAUAGUGUGCGAUUGGUCCAGCUGCCAGACUCUGCCCUCCAGACUAUAAGCAGGAAGUUGAGCGUAGUGAAGUGUGCCCGGGGCUGCAGCCGCAACAAGCGACUACUCUUCACCUGCAGAGCAUUUCUGUACGAUCAGAAAAACAGGAAAUGCCAGUGGCUUUCAUUCGACAGGAACUCACCAGGAAUCCAUAGCCAACACGACUUCAACUACCAACUCUACCAGAAGAAAUCCUAUGUGCAGGAGUGCAUAGUAGGGACAGGAGUGAACUACAGAGGGAGGAGGUCAGUAACAACCAGUGGAAUAAAGUGCCAGGCAUGGGCCUCUCCUAUCCCUCACGAACACAAUUUCCUACCAAGGAGGAACAGGAAGAAGGACCUGAGAGAGAACUACUGUCGUAACCCUGACAAUGCUACCUCAGGACCAUGGUGUUUCACUACAGACCCCAAUGUCAGACACCAGGACUGUGGAGUACCUCAAUGCUCUCAAGUGGAGUGUGUGAGCUGUAACGGGGAGAGCUACAGAGGUCCCAUGGAUCACACAGAGACAGGAUGGGAGUGUCAGCGCUGGGACCUGGAGGAACCACACAAACACCUCUUCCAGCCCAAGAGGUAUCCUGAUAAAGGCCUGGUUGAUAACUACUGUAGGAACCCAGAUGGACGUCAACGACCGUGGUGUUUCACCACGGACCCACACACACUCUGGGAGUACUGCAACAUCACAGCCUGCUCCACAGACAGUGUGGUAGAGUUGGAAGUGACUACUAUGUGUUUCUGGGGUCAAGGUGAGGGCUACAGAGGGUCAGUAGCAGUAACACCCAGUGGGGUGAUCUGUCAACGCUGGGACUCACAGUACCCCCACAACCACUCAUACGUUCCCCAGAACUACCGCUGCAAAGACCUGACGGAGAACAACUGCAGGAACCCAGAUGGACGUGACCUCCCAUGGUGCUUCACUUCAGACCCUAACGUUCGCACAGCGUUCUGCACUAACAUCCCCCGCUGUGGCAAACAGAACACUGAACCUCAAGACUGCUACACGGGUAGUGGAGAGAACUACAGAGGCGAGGUUUCCAGGACCAGGUCAGGUCUUCCCUGUUCCCUCUGGAGUGACCACAGCAACAGUGGUGACAGAGAUGCGGCGGUGCUGACUGUCAGACAGGAGGGGAGUUUCUGUAGGAACCCAGACAGAGAUACAUACGGCCCCUGGUGUUACACUAACAGCACUGCUAUACCCUGGGACUACUGCAGCAUCAAACUAUGUGAACCAUCAGAGAACACCAUUCCACAGAGAGUGGAGGUGUCCAAGGUGUUGUGUUUCAUCCAUAAGAGGACCAGGAUAGUAGGAGGAGCUCCAAUUGCCAUUACAGACGGAAGCUGGAUGGUCAGCAUACAGAAAGGGUCCAGUCACUGGUGUGGAGGUUCUCUUAUACGGGAGGAGUGGGUUCUCACUGACAGACAGUGUUUCUCCUCAUGUGUUCCAGACCUGAGUGAGUACCGUGUUUGGUUGGGUGUGUCAGACCUCCGUGGCUCGUCUCCUAACGGCUCCUUCAGACAGGAAGUCUCCAUCUCCCAUGUGGUCUGUGGUCCUGAGGGCUCCAACCUGGCCCUCAUACGGCUGGCCAAGCCUGCCCUCCCUGCAGACAGUGUUCACACCAUUCAGCUGCCGGUGGCUGGGUGCUCUAUUGCUGAGGGUACGAUGUGUAGCAUGUAUGGAUGGGGCGAAACCAAAGGGACGGGUCAUGAGGGUGUUCUGAAGGUGGUCCAUCUGCCCAUGGUCAGUAAUGAGAGGUGUAGAGAACAACACAGAGGGAACCUCCACAUCACAGACACCAAGAUCUGCGCUGGGGGGAGGAGGGAUGAGGGGGUCUGUGAGAGGGACUAUGGCGGCCCCUUAGUGUGCCAGGAAGGAGAGAGCAGGGUCAUAGUGGGAGUCAGUGUCCAUGGCAGAGGCUGUGCCCGUGCCAACCGCCCUGGCAUCUUCAUCAACAUCCCCUUCUACACACAGUGGAUCCACAAGGUGUUCAGACACUACCCUGAACCUCAGAUCAACUAGAGACAAACCUUUAUCCCAUCAUCAACUAGAGACCCAACCUUGAGACAUCCUACAACCAGUGGAUCCAUAAGAUCUUCAGACACUAUCCUGACCCUUACCCUGAUCUGACCAACUAGAACCACCUUGAUAUAGAUACGUGUAAGUCCAGUAAGGGUCCUUGUGCUUUUGAAAGGGGGGGAAAUCCAGCCGUAUUGUAGAUAUCAGACGCAACUCCAGACUUGAUGUUGGACUGCUAAAAGACUCAUCAUGGGCUGUGGAGUGGAACAUAAUUGCGUUGAUAAGACUGCUGGAUUGAUCUUUAGAUAAUAUAAAUAUGUUUUGUUACAAACAUGCUACUAAGGACAACAGAGGUGUGGAUAUGUUGUCGGCCAAAGACCAUGUCCUGAAGCUGGUAAGGUUUGGAGUCAGAAAGACGCUGUAGAUAAGAUGGUAAAAGUGGGAAAACACUUGAUUCCGGACGUUACUUGAAUGUACUGAAAACCAAAAGGCAGCAGCUCUCCACUUCUGUAGUGUGCUUCUGUAGGGCACUGUCAAGGGAACUAAAAUACAGCUGGGUCGUUCCACCAAUUCGGUGCCUUUUGAGAAGUGUAAAACAUUUCAUUUGACCAAAUUUUAACAUUCGGGCACAACGAGCACAUGUUCAACUUAAAAAAUUAAAAAAUUCCCCAUCUCAAGAGGUUAAAUAAAAAAAGGGGUUGAUGAUUUCAUCUUAAAUCAGCCAUAAAACCCUUGUGAAAGGGGGAUGGAAGCGUCAAUUGAAUGCCAGCUUCACAAAAUGUUUUAAAUUGUUAAAAGAUUUCUAGCCUGUCUAUCUAUGGGUAACACGUGUUAUGCUUGACCGGCUCAGUUUUCCACCACAAAACACCAGAAAAUUGCCAAAAAGAGUAUAACCAGCUCACCUGCUUUUACAUUAUGAUUUGACUAUUAGAUGUUCAAUGUUUCUGUUGAUUAAAAUAUUUAUGUAGGAAUAGUUUCACCAUAUUAAAAUUAGAGUUCAAUUCACAUAACAGGUUUGACCUUAAAAUGAGGGACAGAGGUAAAUGAAUCACAAAUGACAUGAAAUGAAUAAUAAUCUUCAGAAAUGACUUUACAAAGCAACAAAAAUAACUAGGGCUUUACAAUGAUGGUGAAAACAUGGAGAAAUGUGGUUAAGGGGGUUAAAAUCAUCCUAGAAGUCACAGAGGGUUCAUGAAAAAACAUGUAAAAAGGCUGACUUUAUCAAGUCUUUAAUUCAUAUAAAAAUCUGAUAUAUUGAAUAUAUUGACAUAUGGAAUUCUCCAUGUGGUCUAUAUUAAAGGGCACUUCAUUUAAUGUAACAGACUUUCAAAAUGCAAUAUUGGUGCACAAUUUCUACUUUAAUAUCAAAGGGAAGCAAAAGGCUCUCUUUUCGUGGAACAACCCAGAUCUGUACAUCUGAGGGCAUUUUGCUGUACUAUGCCUAUAAGUGUCUCAGUGUAAAUAGUUGUCUGAGUGUAAAUCUGACAGGCUGAAUGUGAUAUGGGUCUUAUAGACCUGUGAGAGGAUGGGGACGUUGGCCUUUUUAGGAACACGGAAAGAUCAACAUGAAGCCAUUGAAGGUAAAUACAUGUAUGUGUAAAUAUGUUUUAUUUCUGUGUAUGUAUUGUAAAGGUGAAAGGGUAUGCAGCUACAAGGCUUUCCAGUUUCCACUGACCCUCUCCCUCUCCUUUCUAUCAAUUUUAACUCUCCUUGUCAUCUAUUCUCCCCUUCUCUCUUCCUGCAGUGAUGUAUUCUGUUUGAUACACACACAAUCAGUAUGACUGAUUAUGUGUGUGUGUGUUUGUAUGUGCGUGUGUGUCCGAGUGGGUUCUGUGAAUUCUAUCAGAGUGAGUUAUAUUCCCUCACCUCCCUCAGCCUCUGGCAGACAUCCAGUAACUAUCUACUCUGGAAAUGAAUUUUCACAGAAUCUGUCACUGCAAACUGUUAUCAAAAUGGAGCUGUUGGCUACUGUAUGUUCAGUGUUAUUGUGAGAGUAUUAGCCUCUAUCUCUAUCACACAUUGAUCUGACUAUUUCACCUGUGAAUGUGAGUGGUCCCUCAAACAAGUAUAGCUUUAAUUCUUUUUUGUGUGUGUAUUUGUAAAUGUAGUGAAGUUGCAUUCUGUGUCUGUGUGUAUAUGUGUGAUGUGAAUUUUUUAUGCUGCUAUACAAGGUUGUAAAAUAUUACAUUAUAUGUACAUGUAUACUAUAGGCUACUGUUCAUAUAUUGUUUUUAAUUUGAAUACUCCAUGUCAAUAUUACAGUACUAUGAUAUACCUGUAGUACACCGUGUUCCUAUCUUAAUGUAAGUUAAUCAUUGAAUACUAUUUUAAUGUGUUUAUAUUUUAGUGUUACAGUAUAUUACGUCAUGGUACCAUACCCACAUACAAUGAGUUUGUUCAUUUAAUUUGCAUUAGGUGGUUGUGAGUGCAAUCAUUAGGCGUAAUUUCAAUUUCAAUGUUUCAGCGAGAAUUUGAUGCGUUCAUCACCAGGCGUUAUAACAGUAGACCUCUAGGCUUCUAACAGGUGUCUAUUCAAUUCCAUUCAGAAAGCAUCCAUCGAGGGAUGGCAGGAAGAUGUAUUUGACGCGUAUCUCACAUAGGUCUGUCAUGCAUAUUGAAAACUCCAACACUGACAUACAUGGGACAAGAAAAUAAAAAGGUAGGCACUAAUGUCUAUAAAAAAGUAUGGAAAUGUAUGCACUCACUAUAAGUCAAAUAAAAUAACAAUAAUAAUGGCGCCGGAGGGGAGGGCUGCCAUUUUACGGCCUCCUAACCAACUGUGUUAUUUUGUUAUUUUGUACAUACUGUUGCUUCUACCGUCUCUUAUGACCGAAAAGAGCUUCUGGACAUCAAAAUAGCAAUAACUCACCUCGAACUGGACAAAGAUUUUUCUUUAAUAUGUCCGAUGCAAAGGAUAUACUGCUUUGUCAAGAAAAAGCCCAAAUCCUUGUCAGUGUGAAGAAAAAAGUAGAAAAAGGGUGAGGAGGGCGGUGUGCAUUGUAUAAAUUCGCAGAUGAGUAGGUAAACCACCACUACCCUCUGAAUUAUUGGCCAAUGUGCUAUCAUUGGAAAACAAACUAAACAGUCUGCGAUUAAGACUAUCCUACCAACGAUACAUUAAAAACUGUAAUAUCUUAUGUUUCACCGAGACUUUACUGAACACCGAUAAUAGAUAAAUGAAUAAUAAAAAAUAAAAAAAGGAAUUAAG